AUGGGUCCGGGGGCCCGACAUUCAACACUGGAUGACCACUGGAGCUCAUGGAAUUGGCGGAAGCUUGUCGAUCUCAAUUCACACCUGUUGAAGCAUCUCAUUGAGGCCCUUCUCAUGUCGAAGAAGCACUGCGAGAUUGCAGAAAGAUUCUCCUCAACAUUCAUGCCCACCACCAUCAUCAAGUGGCAGGAAAUGAUCGCAGACUGGAACGCGGACAAAAUGCAGCCCGAUCCAUAUGCGGAGCUGACUGCAUCCACAACCAUGGUGACGAUUCGCUUGGAGCUUGCGGAGGAAGAAGCGCUAGAGGCACUGCAGGGUGCACUACCUCUCCACGACCAGCUGACUGCAAGCAAAUUCAUUUGCCUUGGUGAGGGAGUGCUCCGCAAUCCAUUAAAGAAGUCCACCUUGCAGGAGAAAAGGAACACCCUCACGUGGCAUAUCAAGACAUGGAUGGGAUUCCAAGCUACAUACAUGCCCGUUGUCCCCAUGUUCCGCAAUACUGACACUCUCAACAAGACCGCAGCAGAAGAGAAUCGAGUGACCCCCACAGAGCACCUCAAGUUGUACCUGCUGUCAGAGCUGGUGCAGCCAGAGCGAGCAUCUGGCUGCAGGGCCGGCAUCGCCAACAAGGAGCGUCAGUUUCGCAUCACCAGUGGUGGCCACCAUUGUAUUACAAUUGCCCACAACACUGGGCAGGCCAUUGUGCACAACUCACCAGCCAUUGUAAUUGUAAUAACACUGGGCACAUUGUAA